AUGCAAGCAAACAUCCUGAAGCGUCUCUGGAAGGAGAUUGACGAUGUCAAUGCCGAUUUCUUCAAUCUGCGAACUGUCAUCUCUCCGGAUCCCGAGGACGAUAUAACCCGAUUUUCUUUCAUCAUGCUACCGAACGACGGCGCCAUGGCGCAUCUGACUCUGGUUGGAGCCAUGUAUAUUCAUGAUACUUAUCCGGUGUCACCGCCGGUGAUCCAUCUCUAUACCAAGACUGAGCGUUAUAAUGUCGACGUUUUUCGAGGUCACUUGGAGAACAAGAAUACAAGUAGCCUUUGUUUCAACAUCUUGCGUCCCACGUCGAAGCGUGGUACCUGGACAAAGGACUGUACCAUCUCGGCGCUCUUUGCUUCGCUAAUGUCAGCCAUUGUGUCUUUCUACGUCACCCAGGAAUCCGGGCUUGACCGACCCGAGUAUGUCUCGAUGGAGAUGCUUCGCAAUGUGAAACUUUAUGCGAGAUCAAGCUACAACACCCAUAAGGAUCGCAUGCCGGCCAUUCCUCAAAUUCCUCUAGUAGAGGCGACGAUGGUCGAGGCCAAGAAAUUGGACUUCCCGCCAGAGAUCAUCGCUGGGGAAACAGAGAGGGUGACGGCGGGCCCAAUCUAUCUCCAGACCGGGGAAUCAGCCGCCCAUUCGUUUGCGGUAGACCUUUCUAGGCUGCAUGAAGGUAUCAUCUUCUCCGUGGUCUUGUCCAACUCCGAAACCGACCUGCUUGGGAAGAAAUCGGAUACGGUGCUGGUCCGAAACGGCGUGACGGCAUCAGCGGCCCGGAAGCGAGCGGGCGAAAAAACCCGAUGGUUUUACCACGGGAAGCCCAUGAACGAUGGAGAUAUGCGACUGCACGUCACUAUCGGGGCAGAUCAGAUGACGCUCGUCUAUAAUUCCAAUGGGCGCCGCUACGUUCAUGGCGAUUGCCCCUUGUCACGGUUGACGCCUCUCGAGAUCGGCGAUGUCCGUGGAGUUCCGUUCUACGUACACGUAUACACCAAAAAGAAGAGUGGACGACCGGCAAAAAUCACCUUACUAGACACCGACGGGAAAGGUUACUUGCAUCAGGAUCCGGAGGAGAAGGACAAAGAUAAUCUAGGCUUCGAAAUUAUUGAUUAUCCAAGCGAGUCUGAGGUGGUAUCGCGGCAAAGUCCGGAUGGUAGUCAUGUUGUCGAGGCCGAGCAGGAGUUGUGGGAGGAGUUGGAUGCCCUCAAAAUCUAA